AUGGUGUCGCUGAGCACCGGCUGCGGCGGAUCCAUCAUCUCUCCGUGGCACAUCCUCACCGCGGCACACUGCACCGCCGGCAGCUCACCGGAGAAGAUCACCGUUUCCGUAGGACGUCAUUCCAUGCACGAAGACAAACAUGCGGUGCAAUAUAAAAUCUCAAAGAUCAUCGAGCACGAAUCCUACGACGAUAAGCAGAUCCUCAAUGACAUCGCCAUCCUAGUGACCAGCACUCCAAUAAGUUUCAACCAAGAGGUAGGCCCAGUGUGCUUGUGGAAGGAGAAGUCCAAUUUGGACGGAGAAUACAUCAAAGUCAUGGGUUGGGGAACUACCAAGGGCACGGCCGAAGAGAAUUUCCUUCGAGAAGUUGAUCUCAAAGUGAUCCCUCUCGACAAGUGCAAACAGUCCUGGUCUAACAUAGACAUGUCUGGGUCUCAGCUCUGUGCCCACGAGGACAGGAAAGAUUCCUGUAAUGUAAGUUAA